GGGAGAUUGAAGGGAAGAAUGCCCUAGAGAAUCUUCAAAUUUUGGCCUUGAAGAUGAUUUUUAAAGUUUCCUGUCUUCACUGAUCAGUACUUACUAUUUGGAAUCCAUGUCAAGCAAUAUCGGACAAGAAUUAUUUCACUGCGGAGUGUGUAAUUUUAAAAUUAGAUAUGAUUAUAAAGGCGAUAGUCCUCCAUUCUUCAAGAAGGAUGUGAAACUUUUAGAAGAGGCCUAUUGUAUUCGUGAUCCAUUCGCGGAUGACAAUUUAGGCGGGAUAAUACUCGGUGGAGAUUGUAACCGAUGCGGCAGAUGUGUUUGUGUCUCUCAGGUAGCAAUCUGAUUAAAUCAUUUAUACAUACAUACUCACUCACUCACUUUUUAGAGUUGCUCUUCUUACUAUCUUAAACGAUAUUGUCGUAAUUGUAGCAAAGAUAUAAAUGAUGAUUCGGCUUCAUAAUAUCAUUAUAAUGUGUACAAAAUUAUCUGUAUAUAUUUAUGUAUGUUGUAUCAUAAACACACCUGAGUUUUGUACAUUAUCGUAUUUGUUACGUUAAAUGGAGUUUAUUUUUUAUUA